CUCCUCCGGAGCCCCGGCUCUCCCUCCAUUGGCUGUCGCCGGCGCUGGAAGCGGGUCAGGGAGGAAAGGCGGCGGAGGAAGGCAGGCAGGCAGGCAGGAAGGGGCCGGGCUCUCCGGGGCUUGGGCAGCAGCAGCAACCGGGGGAGACCCAGCCGAGCGAGGAGGCUCGGAUCAUGGUCGGCGGGGGAGGGAGCUGGCUGGGCGCCGCUUUCCUCUCCCUGGGGCUCCGGACCGGUCUACCGCAUCUUCGGGCGAGCUUCCUCCACACGGAGUUUGAAAGAAGACCCUCUAAGGUCAUCUCGCAGGCCAACAUGAAGGUGGAGCUCCUUCCUGCCCUGACAGACAACUACAUGUACCUCCUCAUUGACGAGGAGACCAAGCAGGCUGCCAUCGUGGAUCCGGUGCAGCCCCAAAAGGUUGUGGAUGCCGCCAGAAAGCAUGGGGUGAAACUGACCACAGUUCUUACCACCCAUCACCACUGGGACCAUGCCGGUGGCAAUGAGAAACUGGUAAAGAUGGAGCCGGGGUUACAAGUGUACGGGGGAGAUAGCAGGGUUGGAGCCCUCACCCAGAAAGUCUCUCAUCUUAUGUCAUUUCAGGUGGGGUCCCUCCACGUGAAAUGCCUGGCUACCCCUUGCCACACCUCUGGACACAUCUGCUAUUUUGUGACGAAGCCGAAUAGCUCCGAGCCACCGGCGGUGUUCACAGGUGACACCCUUUUUGUGUCUGGCUGUGGCAAGUUCUUUGAAGGGACUUCGGAAGAAAUGUACAGAGCCCUGAUCGAGAUCUUGGGGCGUCUUCCUCCAGAAACGAGAGUCUACUGCGGACACGAAUACACCAUCAACAAUUUGAAGUUUGCUCGGCACGUGGAGCCCAGCAACGGCGCCAUCCAGCGGAAGCUGUCAUGGGCGAAGGCAAAAUACGAUGGUGGCGAACCAACCAUUCCCUCAACGAUCGGGGAAGAGUUCACGUACAAUCCAUUCAUGAGAGUCAGAGAGCCUGCCGUCCAACAGCACGUCAAGGAAACCGAUCCCAUACGGACAAUGGGAGCCCUCCGGAAAGAGAAGGACAACUUCAGAGUGCCAAAAGAUUGAAAGGUGUUCCCAGACAUGCCACUGCUUUGCUUUUUUUCCCUCCCCCUGUAGUCUAUUCAGUUAAAUUUUACCACUCUGUUCUGUUGAAAUUAUCCAUGUUAAGGGUUCCCUUGCUAUUCUUUUCUCUUAAUAGGAAAGAGAAGGAACACAGCAGCAACAGAUCAGACAAAGCGCUUUGCUCUUCUGGGAAAUGUUUGACUUGCUGUUUAAAAGAGGCUAAGAUCUCAUGAUAUCUGUAACCCUAGCAUUCAGUGGAUUAGUAAACAGUUUAGGGUUUGGGGUUGGUACGUGGAACUCCUGUAGAAGGGGUCACUCCAGGGCGUGGGGAGUUGCUUUAGUUCUGGAUGAAUCUGGGAACACUUUGGAUAACUUGAGCACCAUGGGGCCCAGCCUUGGGUCCCCAGAUAUUCUUGGACUAAAACUCCCAAACUCCUUCACACUAGCUAUGCUGGCCAGGAUUUCUGGGAGUCGUAGUCCAAGAAUCUCCGGGGACCCAAGGUUGGGGACCAUUGCCUGAGAAGCCAAACAGAGGUUGUGUUCCUACCCAACUCUGAUUGAAAAGGAAGCGGAUCGUUACAGAACCAAUAGAAGACGCCACCACCUCCCGAGAUCACCUUGUCCCUUUAUCCCCAAUGUCAACACUGUGCAGCUUCUGACAGUCACCUCAUUUCUUAAGGCACAUCCGCACUGCACUUUUUGAAAACAGAUUUUCAACCCUUUCCACUGUCAUGGCUUCCCCUCUAAGGAAUGCUGGGGAAAGUAGCUCUCAAAGCUGACUAGAAUUUCUUACCAGAUUUUCUUCUUCUACAGUCCCCAGCAUUCUUUGUCAGGGAGCAGAGGGGCAGUGGCAGUGCCAACGGGUUUUCCAGGUGAUUUAAAUUCAGAUGUCCCUGCUUCUCACACCCUCGUACCUGCUUUCUAGCUGACAAAGCAUGGGGCUGCCUAGAAACCCUUAAGUAUGGACAUGCCACUUCUUUAGCUUGCUUGAAUCCCUGUUGAUUUCAGCUGCUGUGUGUUUGUACAUAUAUAUAUGAAAAAAGAUAAUAUAUAUUCCUACAAAAAGAGAUGAAUGAACAGGUCCAGAGUUAGGGGCUGGAAACGUAACUGGCUUCAGUUGGUUUGAAAGCUUCAGUGGCUCCUUUUCCCCGCAUAGAAUGCCUGCCAGUUGAAGUCUUAGGAACAUACUCGGGAUCUCUGAGCACAAAAAUUCACAGUAUUUCAGAAAAAAAAAAUCCUUCAAGGAGGGAAGGCACCUAUGUCGCCUCCUUUGGAGUAGCCUCGCUUACUACCUGCAAGAUGAUGGUGUGGGGUAGGACGAUGGGUAGGAGAGUUUUCCGAUCCUCCCCUCAACCGUUUGAAAUAGCAACGACCAAGAUGAUAAAAUGGUUUUGUCCUCUUUGACCUAGAAAGAUCCUGCUUCUCUUCCUUCCCCCCAAUGCCUUAAUGCACCCACCAUCUGGCAGUUCUAAAUUGUGUCAGAGCCUGUAGUUCACCUAAAUGUCCUGCUCGGCGGAUCAAUAAACAUCUCUUGCACUAAACCACAA